GAAUUAAUUCACAACGGACGACAGCUGCUUUCUGACCGGCAAAUAAAGAAGCAGUAUUUGUUUUACAAUAAAAACACAAUACAAAAAUAAAUAAAUUCCUGACACUAAACUUUGGAUGAAAAACAAGGAGCUUAUAAACACCUUUGUUCUUCCUAACUCCUCCACCAAGAGCUCUUAAUGGAUUGGCAUGUGUUGUGCACCAGACACUGCUUUAAUUGCUUUCAUUUGCUUGUCACUGAGGGGAGAGAGAGAACAAACAUCUAAAAAAAGGAAUUAAACCAUAAAAGGUGUGAUAUGAAAGUCAGCCGUCAGAGAAAGGGGUUGUUUUAGCGCCAAUUUUUAUCCGAAGGAAUUGCUGGAGCUUUGAGAGGACUAGAAAGGACUAGUUACUAGAGUAGAUGAAGAAUCCAACCCUUUUUCCGACAGUCACCAUGACGUUUCUUCUAGGCUGGUCGCAAGACUGGCCCUGCUACAGGAAGCGGUCUCUGGUCUUUGCACUUUUCCUGGUUUGCUGUCUUGUCCCGUUGGUUACCCCCAAGCCCAGAUCUCCGGGGCACACUCACUUGAAUUCAAUUCGGAUAGACGGAGAUAUCGCUCUGGGCGGGCUCUUCCCGGUCCACUCGCGGGGCAGCGAUGGGAAAGCCUGUGGAGAACUCAAAAAGGAGAAAGGGAUUCACCGAUUGGAAGCCAUGCUUUACGCUGUGGAUCGUAUCAAUAACGACCCAGAGCUGCUGCCCAACAUAACUCUGGGAGCCCGGAUCCUGGAUACCUGCUCGCGGGACACUCAUGCGCUGGAGCAGUCGCUCACCUUCGUGCAGGCACUCAUCGAGAAGGACGGCACUGAUGUCAAGUGCCUGAGCGGAGGACCGCCCAUCAUCACCAAGCCUGAGAGAGUAGUGGGAGUCAUCGGGGCGUCUGCUAGCUCAGUCUCCAUCAUGGUGGCCAACAUACUGCGUCUCUUUAAGAUCCCCCAGGUCAGCUAUGCGUCGACAGCCCCCGAGCUGAGUGACAACACGCGCUAUGAUUUCUUCUCUCGGGUGGUCCCGCCCGAUACCUACCAGGCUCAGGCCAUGGUGGACAUUGUCAAGGAGAUGCGCUGGAACUACGUCUCCACUGUGGCGUCUGAGGGCAACUAUGGAGAGAGCGGCGUCGAUGCCUUCAUCCAGAAAUCUCGCGAGGACGGGGGUGUGUGCAUCUUCACAUCUGUGAAGAUCCCGCGGGAGCCCAAAGCUGGAGAGUUCGACAAAGUCAUCAAACGGCUGCUGGAGAACUCCAACGCCAGGGUCGUUAUCAUGUUCGCAAACGAGGACGACAUCAGGCGGGUCCUGGAUGCAGCCAAGAAAGCCAACCAGACAGGUCACUUCCUGUGGGUGGGGUCUGACAGCUGGGGCGCCAAGAUCUCCCCAGUGUUGCACCAGGAAGUGGUGGCAGAGGGCGCUAUCACCAUCCUGCCCAAGAGGAUGACUGUCAGAGGUUUUGACCGGUAUUUUUCCAGCCGUACUCUGGACAACAACAGGAGAAACAUCUGGUUUGCAGAGUUCUGGGAGAACAAUUUCCAUUGCAAACUCAGCCGACACGCACUGAAAAAGGGCUCCAGCAUCAAGAAGUGCACAAACCACGAGCGGAUUGGCAAGGACUCAUCGUACGAGCAGGAGGGCAAGGUGCAGUUCGUGAUCGACGCGGUCUACGCCAUGGCGCAUGCCCUUCACAACAUGCACACGCUGCUGUGCCCGGGCAAAGUGGGACUCUGCCCCAAGAUGAACCCCAUCAACGGCACCAUGCUGCUCAAGUUCAUCCGAGAUGUCAACAUCACGGGCAUUGCUGGAAACCCAGUGCUGUUUAAUGAAAACGGCGAUGCCCCGGGACGCUACAAUAUCUACCAGUAUCAGAUCAAGAACAACACCGCAGAGUACAAAGUCAUUGGGCAAUGGACCAACCAUCUGCAUUUAAAUACUCAUGCAAUACAGUGGCCAGGCGGUACCCAUCAAGUGCCACUCUCUACCUGCAGCCGGCCGUGUGGCCCUGGGGAGCGCAUGAAGGUGGUAAAGGGCACCCCCUGCUGCUGGCACUGCGAACGUUGUGAGGGGUACCAGUUCAGGGCAGAUCGCUACACCUGCAAGAUGUGUCCCUUUGGCCAACGCCCCAACGAGAACCACAUGUACUGCCAGGACAUCCCCAUCGUCCAGCUGGAGUGGACCUCCCCCUGGGCAGUCAUCCCGGUCAUCAUUGCUAUCAUCGGAAUCAUGGCCACGCUGUUCGUGGUGGUCACAUUUAUCCGCUAUAACGACACGCCCAUUGUUAAGGCUUCUGGGCGCGAGCUGAGCUACGUUCUCCUGACAGGGAUCUUUCUGUGCUAUGCUACCACCUUCCUCAUGAUCUCCAAGCCUAACAUGGGCAUCUGCUCACUGCGGCGCAUCUUCCUGGGUUUGGGUAUGAGCAUCAGCUACGCGGCUUUGCUGACCAAGACCAACCGUAUCUAUCGUAUCUUUGAGCAGGGCAAGAAAUCAGUCUCCGCUCCGCGCUUAAUCAGCCCAGCCUCCCAGCUUGUGAUCACCUUCAGCCUGAUUUCUCUGCAGUUAAUGGGGGUCUGCAUUUGGUUCUUGGUGGACCCCCCCCAAGCCAUCACUGACUACCACGACCAGCGCACGUCCAACCCGGUCUUAGCCCGCGGGGUGCGCAAGUGUGAUAUCUCGGACCUGUCCCUCAUCUGCCUCCUUGGCUACAGCAUGCUGCUGAUGGUCACCUGCACCGUGUACGCGAUCAAGACCCGUGGAGUCCCAGAGACCUUCAACGAGGCCAAGCCCAUCGGCUUCACCAUGUACACCACCUGCAUCAUCUGGCUAGCCUUCAUCCCCAUCUUCUUUGGGACCUCACAAUCCAACGAGAAGUUGUACAUCCAGACGACCACGCUGACGAUCUCGGUGAGCCUGAGUGCCUCUGUCUCGCUGGGGAUGCUCUACAUGCCCAAGGUGUACGUCGUGCUCUUCCAUCCUGAGCAGAACGUGCCCAAGCGCAAGCGCAGCCUGAAAGCUGUGGUCACGGCCACCACCAUGUCCAACAAGUUCACGCAGAAGGGCAGCUUCAGACCCAACGGGGAGGCCAAGUCAGAGGUGUGCGAGAGCCUGGAGACGCAAGCAUUGGCUUCCAAGCAAACUUACAUCAGCUACAGCAACCAUGCAAUCUAACCAAGAGCCUCUGGCAGUGCCUGCCAUUCCUAUGAAGAGUUCACUACGCUGAAACAAGAUGAACUGAAAAAAGAGGGAGAAACUAAAGAAAAAUGCAAACAAAAACCGAAAAGGAUUCUGAGUACCAGGCAUGACCCUUUAAUGCCCGCUAGGUUACAAGGACGGGUCCUUGGAGGUCACUAUGGACGGAGUUGUGUCCUCAUGAUCAAACGGCAUCGACUGAGAUGUUUCCAAGGUAAUAGCAGGAGAUCACUUCAGAACUGAGCCUGUUUUCCUUCUUGUGUUGAUGACACCCUUUGUCUUUUGUUUUCUUGAUGUUUCCAUGACACCCCGUGAGCUUCAUUUUAGAGAGACAGACCAGCUGCUUCUGGGGGGGUAGGGGAGUAUGUGUGUGUGUGUGUGUGUGUGCAUGUGUGACUGAGCGACAAGCAGCAAGAGAGACUUCCACAUAGGACUCUUCUGAAAAACCCUGCAGUAUAGCUGAAAUAUUUAUACACGGUUACUUUUUAAAUCAAUAUCCCUUGAAAAAGUACUACAGCACAUGACUGCGUCCAAAUCACUUUCUUAGAAAUACCUAAAUGUGGGUUGAUCGGGGACUAAAACUAAGAUUCUUCUUUCGCACCAACUACUAAGUGUGGUUAAUUACAUUCUAUUUCUAAAACCUCUAGCCCUACCGAAAGUAAUAGACCAAAGUUGCCUCUUAGUCCUUAACUCUGGCCACUAACGCUGCACAUUCUGGGUUAAAUGCCCUCCAGAUCCUUAGCUCUUAUCCCUAGACUUCACUGCCUCCCAGUAGUCAGCUUUUACAGCUAACCCACACUGCCAUCAAGUCUAAACACCAGGCAACUUAGGGCUGUCAAAUACGCUCAUGUGAACACCCGUAGUUGUUGCACUGCCUUCCGAAAUACCACCCUUACCGUAUCUCUGUGAAUCUCAAAUGAACUAAAGAUUCACCCUGAAAACUACCAUUCAUUUUUGUGUUUAUGUUACAUUUGCAGUUUUGCUAGGCUGUUGAUUUAAAUGUAUACAUUUUUUUUUUACCUUAACCUGGAAAUUUGAUUUAACGUCUCCACCGAAAAUGUAAAUAAGGUGGUUGUCACCUCCAGGAUACUUUAGGGUACCAAUCAGUAUAUUUACAGUGAUGGUAGACAGUUCCAGAAACGCACCGUUGCGAAUUUCAUUACAUGAAGCAUCAGGGGUCUAACAAACUCAGUGGUUUUAGAAACUCCAGAAGGUAAACCACUAAAAAAACCGCAAUGAAUGGCAAAGUCUGUUCUAGAAUCCUCAUCUCUUGCAACUCACAAAAACACAAACCGCAAUGAAUGGCAAAGUCUGUUCUAGAAUCUCACAAAAUCAGCUGACAAUACAUCAAAUCAAGGAAAUGUUUCCUUUUUCUCUUUUUUUUUUUAAAUAACAAAAAAUAAAUAAAAAAUCUAUAUAUAUAUAUAUAUAUAUUGUGGGAUUGUUUGUGAUUGUGUCUAAAAAAAGUUUCUGCUUUUUGUUUUGUUCCCUCUGUUUUAUUCCUUUCAACACUCUUGGUGUUGCAAAGAUAGAGUAUGUUCAAAUGUUGACCAAAUGAAAUGGUGAGUUCAUGUAUGUUAAUAAAAUGGAUUGAUCAUGUCUGCUUUAUGUACUGACCAAUUUAAAAAAAAAAAAGAAAGUACAGUGCCUGGGUAUUUGACUUUAAUCUGUAUUAAAGGUG